UAAGAUUACAGCUGUGAGUAAUUGUAAUGCCGAUUUUUUAUGCUAUUUCAAAAGGUGUUUUUUGAUCAACUUCUUGUUAUUUGUGUUUCGUUAUUGUCGUUGUUUUUUGCAAAAAAUUAUGCCACUUGACGUUUGUAAUCGAUGGACUCACCUGCGAAAAAUUUUAGGAAGGAAUGGACCUUUUUGUCAAAGUGACUAUGAAGCUGGAUCAGAGGCUUUAAAAUUUGUUCUCGAGGAAUGUAAGAUCUUAAUUGUUGGCUGUGGUGGCCUAGGAUGUGAACUGUUGAAAGAUUUGGCUCUAAUGGGUUUCAUGAACAUCUCCAUUAUUGAUAUGGACACCAUUGAUUUAUCCAAUUUGAAUAGACAGUUUUUAUUCCGAGAAAAAGACAUUGGAUGCUCCAAGUCAGAAACGGCUGCCAAAGUAAUUAACGAACGGAUUCCUGGUGUUAAGGUCAAGCCAUAUUUUUGUAAAAUUCAAGAUCUUGAUACCGACUUCUAUCGAAAUUUUCAUGUCAUUGUUUUGGGUCUUGAUUCAAUUGUGGCUCGGCGAUGGAUAAAUGGCAUGGUUUGUAGCCUUUUGAAUUAUGAUGACGGAAUUUUAGAUCAAAGUUCUAUUAUACCCCUUGUUGAUGGAGGAUCUGAAGGAUUCAAAGGAAAUGCUCGAGUAAUAAUCCCUGGAAUGACAGCCUGCAUCGAAUGUACUCUUGAUUUGUUCCCUCCGCAAAUUAAUUAUCCCUUGUGUACUAUUGCUAAUACUCCAAGGCUUCCUGAACAUUGCAUUGAGUAUGUACGAGUUUUGUUGUGGAAUCGCGAAAAGCCAUUCGGCGAUGUAGCUAUUGAUGGUGAUGAUGCAAGCCAUAUUCAAUGGAUUUACGAAAAAUCUGCUGAAAGAGCUUCACAGUUUAAUAUUAAUGGUGUUACUUAUCGGUUAACUCAAGGAGUUGUUAAACGAAUCAUACCUGCUGUUGCCUCAACUAAUGCGAUUAUUGCUGCUGUUUGUUCCACCGAAGUUUUCAAAAUAACAACCAGUUGUUGUACAGCAAUGAAUAAUUACAUGGUUUUCAACGAUGUAGAUAGUAUUUACACUUAUACUUAUGAAGCAGAACGAAAUCCCAAUUGUCUUGCAUGCAGUCGAGUUCCACAAGAGUUGAACUUAUCACUGGAAUCACAACUACAAGAGAUUAUUGACCUACUUGUCAACGAUGAAAAAUAUGCUAUGAAAUCUCCUGGUCUAACAACCAUGAUUAACGGCAAGAAUCGUACUUUAUAUAUGCAAUCAGUUGCCUCGAUAGAAGAGAAAACUCGUGUAAAUUUAAAAAAAUCUCUAAGAGAACUCAAUUUGUCCUCAGGUCAGGAAAUAAUUGUGGCUGAUGUUACUCGUCCAAAUACAUCAAUUUUCGUACUCAAACCGCCUUCAGCUAGCAAUGAUCCACAAUCAGUGUCAGCAUCAUCAUCAUCGUCGUCUUAAAAAUUGUGAUUAUUUGUAACUUCUGUUUUUUCCAAGCUUCAUUCUUGAAGUAUACGCCUUUCUCUGUAUGUAAAGAAGACCCUAUCAAUAUAAUUGAACUGAAUAUAUUUUUAAAUCACAGUUAGUCUUUUUACUUCUAACACCAAAAGCUAACAUUACUAUACUUUAACAGACCGAGUCAAAUAAAGUGAUCUAAAUGAUGAAAAAAAAGAGUUGACAGAAUCUAUUUAGUAUAAAUUAAUAAUAAAUUUUAAUUACACUUUUUGUUUUCA